AUGGGUGGGGCCAACAGGACGGCUGUGACAGAAUAUGUCCUGCUGGGACUACUUGGCCACCAUAACCUAGAGGUGGCCCUGUUGGUGCUUUGCCUGGGCAUCUACUGCAUGAAUAUGCUGGGCAACAGCCUCCUCAUAGGGCUGAACGUGCUGGACCCCUGCCUACACAGCCCCAUGUACUUCUUUCUGAGCAACCUCUCGCUCGUGGACAUCUGUGGCACAUCCUCCUUCGUGCCUUUCAUGCUGGUCAACUUCCUGAAAGCCCAAAGGAUCAUCUCCUUCCCUGGCUGUGCUCUGCAGAUGUACCUGACCCUGGCGCUAGGCUCCACCGAGUGCCUGCUCUUGGUGGUGAUGGCGUAUGACCGUUACGUGGCUAUCUGCCAGCCACUUAGGUACGCAGAGCUCAUGAGUGGGCAGACGUGUAUACUGAUGGUGGUGCUGAGCUGGGGGAUAGGCUUUGCCAACUCACUGCUGCACUCCAUCGUCACCUGGAGACUCCCCUUCUGUGGCCGCAAUGUCAUUAACCACUUCUUCUGUGAGAUCUUGGCAGUGUUGCAACUGGCUUGUGGGGACAUCUCUUUCAAUGCGCUGCUUUUAAUGGUGGCCACAACUGUCCUGUCAAUGACCCCGUUCCUGCUCAUCUGUCUGUCCUACAUCUUCAUCCUUGCUGCUAUCCUCAGGGUGCCCUCUGCUGCAGGCCGGCGCAAAGCCUUCUCCACCUGCUCUGCCCACGUGACAGUUGUGGUGGUUUUCUAUGGGACGAUCUCCUUCAUGUACUUCAAGCCCAAGGCCAAGGACCCUGACCUGGAUAAGAUUAUUGCAUUGUUCUAUGGGGUCGUGACCCCCUCGCUCAACCCCAUCAUCUACAGCCUGAGAAACGCAGAGGUAAAAGCUGCUACCAUAGCUCUGCUCGGGGGAGAUCUGCUCUCCAGGAAAAUGUCCUGCUUUUCCUGUUGCUCUACGACUGCAUCCGGCAGGAUAGGCUAG